GGCCCCGGCGAUUCCAUCUCGACACACGACCCAACCUUCAUCCCGAUCGCCAACGGUCCUUCGCAAACGAGCGUAAUCGCACGCGCGUGAAAAAAAUACAAGAGGGAAGAAGACGAAGAGAGAAGAAAAGGAAAGGCCCCCACCCGCGUAAACGUCUCUCCACUCUUCUUUCACGUUCCUCGAUCGCUCCGAUCGAUCGCGUCGAUCGGCAAGUUCGCGCGAACCGGUGAGAACCCUAGAGAAGAGUCGAAGAGGAGGAUCGCCGCUGUGACCGACGCUCGUUCGGCAAGAGUUUCUCGCUUUACUGACAGGAGAAGAAAGAAAACAUAUCACGAUGAUAAAGUUCGCCGUGGUGACGAUGGUGUGCCUCUUGGGGUUGAAGAUGAUCGCCGCCAUGCCAGUGGCUGAUCAUCAUGAGGCCGGUGAACCGGCGCCGGUUGUACCUCUUGACGACGAGAAACUGGUGGCGGUGGAGACCCUGAAGGCGGCGAUGGAGAAUCUGAAGGCGGCGGAAACGGGGGCCGCAGCAGCAGGCGCGCAGAGUAACGCACCUGCAGAAUCCAGCCAGCCAGCACAGGCAUCAGCUGAGCAACAACCCGCCGCGGUCGACGCACCCGCGGUGAGGAGCAGCGAAGCCGCCAGUGAUGAGACCCAAUCGACCGAGGCGAAGAAGGACGAGUCGGAGCAGCCGAAGGCAGCAGUGGCUGAAGAUGCCCAAGCGCAGCCCAAAUCCUCCGAGGAACAGCUCGAGAAGGAAGAGCCCAAGGUACUUGCCACCGCCGAGGCUGAGAAGAAGCAGCAGGAGCCUGAAUCGCUGAAGGAGGCGGCUUCCGAGGCCAAGGAAUCGGUGCAGCCUGCGCCGCAGGAACAGCCGGCCGAGACUCCGAUCGAGAAGAAACCGGAGGAACCCGUGGCCGUCGCCGGCAAGAGCGCGGAAUCUGCGGAACCCCAGGAAGCCGAGAAGUCCGCGGUUGCGGCCAUUGAGAAGCGCGCGGAUGACGUAGUCGAGAAGACUAUCAAGGAGGAGCCGAAAGAGGAGAAGAAGCUCGAGGAACCAGCGCAGCCGGCCGUGCCGAAACAAGUAGAGCCUGAAAUUCCUGCGAUCGCCGCCACCGUCGCCGAGGAGAAGAAGAUCGAAGCGGUCGAGCAACUGAAAGAGUCCGAGAGCCACUCGCCCGCGCACUCGCCUGCCCACGCCAAGAUCGAGGAGAAGCCCGACCGUGUGACCCGCGAAGCCGAGGAAGCCGCCGCACCAGCUCCCGCUCCUGCUCCUGCCGCCGCCCCCGUCUCUGAUCCGGAACCACCCCAGCCGCUGGAGAAAUCCGCGCCUACCGUUGAGGCCGAGCAGAACCAAGCGGAAACUGUCAAAGCGGAAGAGCCGAAACCCGCUGAGAAGAGCGAGAAGGUCGAGAAGAGCGAACAGCUGGAGACGGCACCCGCCGAACAGACGGUCGUGAAAGCUGAGGAGCCGGUCAAGAGCGACGAGGCUAAAUCCGAGGUAGCGGAAAAGGAGCCUGAGAAGGAAGCGAAGAGUGCCGAGGCUCCUGUACAGCAAGCCGUGGAAGCGGCCAAGGAACAACCUGUUCAGCCUCAGGAGUCUAGCCAGAUCAAGCGGGACACGGUAGAGGUGGCCGAACAACAGCCGCAAGUCAAGUCGGAACUCCCGGCCGCCGAGGAGCCGCAGCAGCCAGCCCAGCAGCCAGCCCAGCAGCCGCAGGAAGCCGCCAAAGAGGCGAAGGAGCGCUCCAACGACUCCUCCGAGGAGAAGGUUGCCGAGGACAGCAAGGAGGACAAGAGCAGCGAGGAAGAAAAGUUCUCCGAGGAGCAGGACGCCAAGGCGGCUGAGAAGACCAAGCUCGCGGAGCUGCUCCCGAAGCCCGAGCAAUAAGCGAGGAGGGUUCUGAUCGACGAGCAACCUCAGCGCGGCGGCAACAGCAGCAGCAGCACUACCAUCUCGAGGAGGAGGACUGCUCCUCUUAAGAUCGGGACGAGCUCGGGCUUACGGCCCAACCGGGACGCGCGCACGAGUUCGUCGCGAGAUGACGGGAGCGAAAGAAA